UUUAUACAUAUAAUGUGAAUUUUCCCUUUUAACUUGGUCUUUGAAGUUUUAGAUAUAUUAGAAAGAGAAUGAGGAAAUCUGCCAUCAAAUGGAGCAACUUCUCUGAUUCGUGAUUUAGAAGCGAUUGAGUGUCAUAAAUUUAAACAACAUUAAGAACAUUCUUAUAUAACAUAGUCACAAGAUAAUAGAUAUAUAUGAGUAAUUCAGGUCCUUAUGUUUUCAUCUCUACAGUAAGAAAGGCUUUGUUGCUGCUCUUCCAGUAUUCAAGAAUGCAUAAUGCCCUCCCCUGGAAAUAUUUAAGCCCAUCACCGUCAUGCGUUUUUCUCAAUUAAUAAUGUUAGGGUCUCAAGAUCCUGGGAUCAUGUAAAAUGCCCAUUGCACUGGUUUAGGUUCUUUCUUUGUUUCAUCUAUAGUGCUCUAAAAUUUAUAGUGUAAGCAGAUUGUCUUCAGAUUUUGGGAGUAUGAGCAGUUUGAAAGAUAGGGGAAGACAGCAGUCUACUUCUGCUUUACAAGAUGAGCUUGAUAUGCUACAGGAUGAAAAUGAAAGUUUAAUUGAAAAGCUUCAACUUGCAGAGGAGAGGUGUGAGGAAGCAGAAGCAAGAGCUCAGCAGCUUGAGAAACAGAUUGCUAAUCUUGGAGAAGGUGUAACUUUAGAAGCACGUCUUUUAAGCAGAAAGGAGGCAGCCCUGCAGGAAAGGGAGGCUGCUUUAAGAGCUGCAACGCAAACUCAUGGUGGUAUACCCGAACAGAUUGCUUCUCUUCGGACAGAGGCUGAGAUUGCCAGAGAUGAAGCAACAUCUGCCUUAGAUAAGCUCCAUGAAGCGGAGUGUGAAAUCAAAUCUCUGCAAACAGUAACUCAAAGGAUGAUGCUGACUGAGGAAGAGAUGGAAGAGGUUGUUUUAAAGAGAUGCUGGCUUGCUCGUUAUUGGAGUUUAUGUGUGGAACAUGGUAUUCAGGCAGAGAUAGCUGGGGCAAAACAUGAAUAUUGGGUCAUCAUUUGCUCCUCUUCCGUUGAAAUAGUAUUAGCUGCUGGGCAAAGAGGCCAAAGAGGGAGGAAUCUUCAAUCGAACAAUGAUUUAGAAGAAAGAGAAAAGGUCCUGCAAGACUUUGGUGCACGUAUCUGGAGAGAGAAAUGUUGA